AUGUCCCAAGCAACAAAUAGUGAUAAUGUGAUAUUUUCAGUUUUGAUAACUCUAAUAUCUCGAUCAAAUAUAAGUCAACAAAAAUUGAAGUUCAGAGCUAGCGUAGCCAAGCAAGAAUUUGUAAAAGUGAUCAUUGGAAGCGUGCAGAAGAUUGUAUUAGCAGAAUUUGAUAAGAAUGAGAUCAAUAUAUCUGAAUUGAGGGAAGAUAUAGGAUUAUUACGAGCUGAUAUAGCCUCCUUAAGAGUGGCUAAGUCAAAAAAAACUCAAAAUAAUAAUACACAACUUACCCUUUCAUCUACUCAAGCGACUGCUGAAGCAAAAAAACAACUUAUUGAAGACCUUAUAGAAGUGUUUGCAACAGCAGACAUUCCUCUUAAAAAG